AUGCAAGCGAUUGGACCAGUGAUCGCAUGGGCGGCCGGACAACAGGAGAUCAUGAAGAUCGACUUGUCGAAGGCAUUCCAUGCCAUCCCCAUCGCGGAAGACCAAAUGAACUACUACUCGUUUCUCGGAACGGACGGCACGGCGUACAGGUAUGUGCGCAUGCCGAUGGGUGCAAUGUGUGCCCCAAAACACUUCGCAGUCGUAAUGAUGAAAGUGUUGGGACAGCUACAUGAUAUUGAUAAGACGCACCCGGUGAAGAUAGAAAAGAAUGCUCCGACCGGUAUAGUAGAGUGA